AUGUCUAUCACAGAAAUUAACCAAACGGCCGAGGAGCCUAUCUCCAUCCCCUCCCACCUCGAUGGCACCGUCUACAAUGCCCUCGGUCUCAACUGGACUCAGAUUCCGCUGUCCAGCGUGACCGGCACUUCAGAGACCUACCCCCCUCCAUACACCAAGUCUCCACCAAUCGAAAAGUACCUGGCCUCCAUCAAGUCCAACCCCAAGUUCGUGGGCUCGUCCGUGACGAUGCCCCACAAGGUCGCCAUCAUGCCUCACCUGGAUGAUCUGACCGAGCACGCCCGCCAAGCCGGCGCCUGCAACACCAUCUUCCUGCGCGACGACGCCAACGGCCAACGCCAGUACGUCGGCACCAACACCGACUGCGACGGCAUCCGCGAAGCCCUCCUGCAGAAUGCCCCCGAUGCCUCGCGAUUCCGCGGCCGGCCCGCGCUGAUCAUCGGCGGCGGCGGCACUGCCCGCACUGCCAUCUACGUGAUGCGCCGCUGGCUCGGCUCCAGCCGCAUCUACAUCGUAAACCGUGAUGCGGACGAAGUGGCCGCUAUCCUCGAAGAGGACCGUCGUCGCAACCCAGAUGUCAAUGCCCAGGCUCCUUUGAUUGCCGUCACUGAUCCGGCCGAGGCGGCUCGUCUCGAGUCCCCCGCUGCUAUCACCGAGGAGGAGCUGCGCUCCCGUGCGAUCAUUCAGGCUUUCCUGGGCACCGCGGCCGACGCCGAUAAGCAGGAAGGUGUCAUUCUGGAGAUGUGCUACCACCCCAAUCCCUGGACCGAAAUUGCCGCUCUUGCCUCCGCUGGUGGUUGGAAGGUCAUUCUCGGCUCCGAGGCUCUGAUCUGGCAGGGUCUGGAGCAGGCCCGCCUGUGGACUGGCAAGGAUGUCAUUGGCACUCCUGGUCUUGUGCAGGAGGUCAAGGAUCUGGUUGCUAAGACUAUCGCUGAGCGAUCUGGCUCCAAGUCCAGCCUGUGA